CGAGCCUCACCUGCCCUCCCGCCCGAAAUCGAACGCCCCGCGUGAGGGGCACCUGCUCGCGUCCCUGCAGCCCGGCCCCAGAUGCCAGGACCCCGGACUCCCAUUUACAGGCCUGGUGUCGUGGUUUGUGGAGGGUGUGGCAGGUGGAGGGACCGGUUUCUGUGAAUGUUGUUGGGACAGCUGAGCCAGGAGCGUUCACGCUGGAAUGGUAAAGUGAGGCUUGCUCUUCUCAAGAGGCUGGAAGCCAUAGGUGGUUGUGAACAGAAAGGCGCAUGGUCUGAGUUAGACUUCAGAAAUUUCCUAAAGCUACUCAGAGUUAGAACAGCCUGGAAGGGGGAUAACACCGGGAGGUUGAGUCCUUGUGCAAGGUCCCAGAGCAGGUAAGAAUCACACUGAGGACCGCGGAGCUGAGUAGCAAUGAUAAUUUUGUCAUCACCAAGUCAUCUGGCUCCAGGGCUGCUCAGGGAAACAAGGAGGCAUGAGCCCAUGGAGCUUUCAGCAUAGUUACCUGCCUCUCACAGCCUUCCUCUUCCCGCAGGUACCCAUGACUGCAGAAGCUAAAUUUACAGGCUUCACACAGGGCUCUGUGACCUUGGAAGACGUGGCCGUUUACUUCUCCCAGGAAGAAUGGGGGCUCCUUGAUGAGGCUCAGAGGCUCCUGUACCGCGAUGUGAUGCUGGAGAACUUUGCACUUUUAACCUCACUGGUUUGUUGGCAUGGGAUAGAGGAUGAAGAGACACCUGAGCAAAGUGUUUCUGUAAAAGGAGUAUCUCAGGUCAGGACUCCAGAGGCAAGUCCCUCCAUCCAGAAGACUCAAUCCUGUGACAUGUGUGUCCCAUUCCUGACUGACAUUUUGCACCUGACCGAUUUGCCUGGGCAGAAAUCAUACUUGACUGGGGCAUGUGCGGUCUUUCACCAGGAUCAGAAGCAUCAUAGUGCAGAGAAACCCUUGGAAAGGGACAUGGACAACGCCUCAUUUGUGCAGUGCUGCCUAUUCCGUGAGUCAGGAAUGCCUUUCACCAGUAGUGAGGUUAGGAAGGACUUCCUAGCCCCAUUGGGCCUUCUUCAGCCACAGGCCAUUGCUAACUAUGAGAAGCCAAACAAAAUCAGCAAAUGUGAGGAGGCCUUUCAUGUUGGAAUAAGUCAUUACAAGUGGGGUGAAUGCAGGAAAGAUUCCAGGCACAAACACACUUUUGUUCACCCUAGAGUCUGCACUGGAAGAAGGUUUUAUGAAUCUAGCAAAUGUGGGAAGGCCUGCUGCUGCGAGUGCUCCCUUGUUCAGCUCCAAAGAGUCCACCCUGGAGAAAAGCCUUAUGAGUGCAGUGAAUGUGGGAAAUCUUUUAGCCAAACCUCUCAUCUGAAUGACCAUCGGAGGAUCCACACUGGAGAAAGGCCUUAUGUGUGUGGUCAGUGUGGGAAAUCAUUUAGCCAAAGAGCCACCCUCAUUAAACAUCACAGAGUUCACACUGGAGAAAGGCCUUAUGAGUGUGGUGAAUGUGGGAAAUCUUUUAGCCAAAGUUCUAACCUUAUUGAACAUUGCAGAAUUCACACUGGAGAAAGGCCUUAUGAGUGUGAUGAAUGUGGAAAAGCCUUUGGGUCCAAAUCCACUCUUGUUCGGCACCAGAGAACUCACACAGGAGAAAAGCCAUAUGAGUGUGGCGAAUGUGGGAAAUUAUUCAGACAAAGCUUCAGCCUUGUUGUACACCAGAGAAUUCACACUACAGCAAGGCCUUAUGAGUGUGGCCAGUGUGGGAAAUCAUUUAGCUUAAAGUGUGGCCUCAUUCAGCACCAGUUAAUUCACAGUGGAGUUAGGCCCUUUGAGUGUGACCAGUGUGGAAAAUCCUUUAGCCAAAGAACUAUCCUUAAUAAACACCACAAAGUUCACACUGCAGAAAGACCUUACAUAUGUGGGGAAUGCGGGAAAGCUUUUAUGUUCAGAUCUAAACUUGUUCGGCACCAGAGAACUCACACCGGAGAAAGGCCUUUUGAGUGCAGUGAAUGUGGGAAAUUUUUUAGACAAAGCUAUACCCUCGUUGAACACCAGAAAAUUCACACUGGAUUAAGGCCUUACGACUGUGGACAGUGUGGAAAAUCCUUUAUCCAAAAGUCUAGCCUCAUUCAACACCAGGUGGUUCACACUGGAGAAAGGCCAUAUGAGUGUGGCAAAUGUGGGAAGUCCUUUACACAACACUCUGGCCUCAUUCUCCACCGAAAAUCUCACACUGUGGAGAGACCUCGUGAAAGCAGCAAAUGUGGAAAACUCUUUAGCCCAAGAUCUAACAUUGUGUAACUCCACACCUCAGAAAAGCCUUACACCUGCAGGGAAUGUGCCAUCUCUUUCUUCAGUGUUACGGCUAUAGAGAGCCUUUGUGAAGGAGCCAUCUGCCUAAACCUCAUACUUCUAGACCUCCAGAUGGGUGAGACUCCCAUGAGUUCCAGGCAUGUGUGUCUUGCAGGAGCUCCUUUGUACAUUCUAAACUGCUGGAAGCCUUUGCUGGAAUUAAAUCAUUAGUCACCUUUGCAUACUAAGGCAAGGCAGAUAACCUGUGUUCUCCCAUUGCUUGGAGGAAAUUCCUUGAGCAGUCUGAGCCUUUAAGGGGAAUUCAUUCCUUUUUUUGACUGAUUACAGCAUAUAUCUGACCAGCUUUGGCCAGAAGGGCCCAGCCUGGGUUCUGCUGGAAACUGAUGUGGAAGGCCUCCCUUCAUGGAAAUUCUUGUUCUCACACGACAUGUGGUAGUUUUUCCACCCUACAAAUCACCACCUGGUAACUGGCUACCUCACAUUGCUCUAGUUUGUGUGGUAAUAAAGGCCUUAUUUAAAAAUCUA